AUGGCUGACAUCCCUAGGAAAAGGCCUACAAAACAGCUUUCCAGCGAGAGCCUGAAAGAGGAUUUCGAGGACUCACUGAUAAAUGAGUUCGACCUCCCAGCUAUAGACGACGGCGAAACGGAAUUUGGAGGCAGUGUCGAGCUACUUUACAAUCGCACGUCGGAAGGCUUGCGUCUAGAAGAAAAUUUCGACGGCUUCCCAAACGCAGAUACGGAAGCAGAGCUGGACUCGGUGUACCAGAAAAUGGCCCAGGCUUUGGAAUACAGAGACAAGCUGCUGGUAAAGGCAGUCAUCCGGGAACUGGAGAAGGAAAUGGCUGCCAAGAUGAAAAAAAUGCAGGAGCACAAGCAGAAAUACGAGCUGCUGAAAAAAGUAUACAAGCUACCAAGCGUCUCGAACUUGGCCGAAUUUCGCACGGAGAAAUCCACCCCGAAACCAAAACGCUCAAGACGCCACUCGAUGGUUGCAGCUCGCACACACUUGGACCCCAUCACUGAGGAAGCCGAGAAACGCGACGGCCCUAUCCUGACAAGAACCAAGUCACAUGACCCUGGUCACGAAAAGCAACAGAAGCAGAGCACCAGCUCCAACGUUCUCCCUAUUCCGAUCCCUUCGCUAAGUCCCACAUAUAACCGCUCCUCCGACCACAGAGACCUUCGCAUUCUUUCGACUAUCGAGCUGAUUUCCAUCAAAAGCCGGAUUCUCAAUCAUACUUUCCCCGACGUUGGCCGGAUCACUGGUCUGGUGCUCAAAUUCGAGCAGAAUGCAGAUUACAAGCCGGGAACGCGUAAAUCCCUGUUAAUUCGCAAGCUUAAUAACAAAAUACUCUUGCAAGAGAUCGAGCACGAACUAGCUGCUCGGGGUGAAAUCGCCAAAAAUGUGUUGCAAUAA